AUGACACUCGUUACGUUUGAGAAAUCCCUCUACGACCUCAUCCGAGGCCUGCGGAACCACAAGGGACACGAGAAGGAAUACAUCCAGAACUGUCUGAAAGAAUGCCGCGCAGAGAUUCGUGGACAGGAUAUGGACAUCAAGGCCACCGCCUUGCUCAAGCUCAUCUAUCUCGAGAUGAUGGGCCAUGACAUGUCCUGGGCCUCCUUUAACGUCCUUGAGGUCAUGUCCUCGCCGAAAUACCACCAGAAACGCAUUGGAUACUUAGGUGCAGUCCAGAGCUACCGCCCAGACACCGAGGUUCUCAUGUUGGCCACGAAUCUCUUGAAGAAGGACCUUACCUCCGGCACCACAACCACGCUGUCAUUACCGAUCCACGCCUUACCUCAUUUUAUCACACCCUCGUUGGCGCUCUCGACUCUGGCCGAUCUUCUUCCACGACUCACACAUACGAACCCCUCAAUACGAAAGAAAACAAUAGUCACCUUGUACAGACUGGCCCUCGUAUACCCGGAAACUCUACGAGCAGCAUGGCCGAAGAUCAAAGAACGCCUUAUGGCUCAGGAUGAGGACCCAAGUGUCACGGCCGCCAUCGUGAAUGUAGUGUGCGAGCUUGGAUGGAGGCGGCCCAACGAUUUCCUGCCCCUCGCUCCGAGACUGUUCGAAUUGCUUGUGGAUGGUGGUAACAACUGGAUGGCAAUAAAAUUGAUCAAGCUGUUUGCUACUUUGACGCCACUCGAGCCGCGGCUUGUUCGUAAGCUAUUGCCUCCUUUGACAGACCUCAUCCGAACGACGCCAGCCAUGUCCUUACUAUAUGAGUGUAUCAACGGCAUUAUCCAGGGAGGAAUUCUUGGGAGCGACGAUGAUAUCUCAGGUAGUGAGGAGAUCGCGUCACUGUGUGUCACCAAAUUGCGCGGGAUGGUCAUGGUCGAUGGAGACCCAAAUCUCAAAUACGUCGCCUUGCUUGCGUUCAACAAGAUCGUGGUCACGCAUCCGUUCCUGGUAGCACAACAAGAGGAUGUUAUCAUGGAGUGUAUCGACAAUCCUGACAUCACAAUACGCGUUCAAGCUUUGAACCUGGUGCAGGGCAUGGUCAGCAGCGACAACCUGAUGUCCAUCGUCGGCCGCCUGAUGAGGCAACUGAAAAGCUCCGCCUCCGCUGGCAGGUCAGCUGCUCAAGGACAGGAAUCGAACUCUGAUUCGGACGCGGACGCUGAGGUCAACAUCGAUAUGGCAGAACGCGAAAUGGACCAGGCGCCGCCACUACCUGACGAUUACAAGGUUGACGUCAUCAAUCGGAUAUUAGCAAUGUGCUCCAAGGACAAUUAUAGCAACCUGGUCGACUUCGAAUGGUACAUUGAUAUCUUGACGCAGCUCGCGCGGAUGGCUCCUGUUCCUGGACCAUCGGAUGAGACAGCGAACCAGAUUGCAACAAGUGCCAGAACGCCCCCCGGAGACGUGUCAGCCAAGAUUGGAGACGAAUUGAGAAGUGUGGCCGUGAAGGUCAUGGCAAUCAGACAGAUCGUUGUUGGCGCUGCCGAAAUGAUCCUCCGUCAACUCUGUACUUCUUCACAACCGAUUACUUCUGGGGUUCUGAGACCUGUAUCGUGGAUUGUGGGCGAGUACUCCAACCAGCUCUUAUCGUCAGAAGAUACCCUAGGAUACUUGUUGCAGCUGAUACCACGCACAAAGUACCCAGAUGUGCUUGCAUCUUGCCUUCAAGCAACCAUCAAAAUAUUUGCUCAAGUCACAGGCAGUGAUCUGGAACUCUGGACCUCGGAACGAAAAGCGAAGACUUCGCUUCUCCUUGCGCGGAUAAUACACGUGCUGGAGCCUCUCGUACUUCAUCCAAACUUGGAAGUUCAAGAGAGAGCAGUUGAAUUUACAGAGCUGCUCAAGCUGACCUCUGAGGCUGUUUCUGCGCAGGAUACAUCUACAGAUGAGGUUCAACAAGACCCACCGCUCCUGCUAACACAGGCGAUUCCAUCCCUGUUUACUGGGUGGGAGUUGAAUUCCGUGGCGCUUGGUGCGCAGAACAAUGUGCCUUUACCACAAGGUCUUGACCUGGAUGAGCCAAUACAUCCCAACUUGGGCAACUUAUUGUCAUUGGCGGACGAUCUUCAUCUCGGGGCGGAGGAAGAAGAUGAGUUUGAAGUCUACUAUCACCAAAAGCCACCAGCAACAAAGAUCUCGUCCAGUGAGCCGGCUAUCAACAGACUAGCCGAUACGUCCGAAGAAGUUGUAACUUCGUACCAGGCAAGCGAGGAAAGCUAUCUGGAUGCCGAUAUCCUGGCAAGACGAAAGGCAGAACGCGCAGAACGAAACAAAGACGACCCCUUCUACAUCGGGGAACCUUCUAGUCGCACCGGCACUUCGACGCCCAUUCAUAACAUUCUGCAAAACGAAAACGGUCCCGAUCUCGACAUCGACGCGAUACCUAUCAUGCAGCUUGACUUGGGCAAAGUUGAUAACGCACCCGCCCUAACAUCACCAAGACACGCUGCCCCAAGACCAAAGCCACGCCAGAGAAUCGUCGUUGCCCAAGAUGAGAACCUUGGCGGCAGUGGUGUAUCUACGCCGCGCAACUACGACUCGGAGGCCAACAACUCUGAUAGCUUGGCUAAGGCGCGAGUCAAGAAGCUCAAGCAGUCGCUCCUCCAGGUCGACUCGAGUAACCUCGGGAGUCUGAGCCUCGAAGGCGGUGAAAACGGAGAGAACUCAGACGGUGGGUACGACUUCGAGAGGCAGAAGAGGGAAGAAGCGGAAAUGGUGCAGGCUAUGAAGGAGGUCGAACGAUUAAGGCUAGAGAUGCAAAGGGCGAAUGAGAGGAUACAUGUGGCUCAAGGGGUGGACGUGGAAGGGACGGUCAUCAAGAAGAAGAAGAAGGUCGCGAAGCCAAAAGCCGUCGCUGGCGAGGCCGGCGAGGCCGUCGCGACCAAGGUCAAGAAGAAGAAGAAGAAGUCUGCCGUACCAGCCGAUGAAGGCGGCGAGAACGCAGAGGGCAAUGGUGAAGCUGGGGAGGCUGUGGUGAAGCCGAAGAAGAAAAAGAAACCGAAGCCGCCAGUCGAGAUACAAGACGCUGUCUAG